UUUGGCCUCCCCGAGGCAGCGCUGAGGACUGAGUAACCCGUUCCUGCCCUGUGGCUGCUGUUGCCUGUAUCUGCCUUAGCUUUGCUUUGGCUGUUUCUAUUUUGUGUUGUUACUGCACGCGCGUACGUGGAAAGGGAAAGACAGAACGAAUGCUCUCUUAGAUUAAUGGCCACGGCUGAGGUUGAAGAGAGUAAAAAACGUGAGCAAGCUGAAGUAAUAGAAUCCAAGGGAGCCAAGUGAAAGCUGUCUUCCUCUGCCAGAAAAAGGGAAAGCCCGUUCCUCCUGGCAAGGAAGGAGCGCCAUUAAUAGCGAUCCGAAUAAUAGAUCGCCAGCGUAUAACGGAAGGUCUGUAUGCAUUACGAGAAGUGCUCUGCGUACAUGUGUCUCCAUGUGUGUGACUUUACGUGCCUGUGAAGCGUCAUACUUCACGAGCUGCGAGACAGCAAAUUAUUAUCUUGGGGGAGUGGUGGUCAAGUGACCAGAGCUACUGAAGAGGAAGGGAGCGAGAGAAGGUUCUGAAGUGUAAAACUGAGAGAUCGAUUUCAGGAAGGCUCAAUCAGCGCAAGCCCCGGGUUAGUUACCUGGCAAUGGUAUUUGGGGAGACGGGAUGACAGUAGAUAGGUUGAAGCCUCAUGGAAUUAAGGCUCCUUCUCACCGGUUCCCGCUUAGAGCAAUUGUAGGAGGAUUUAGUUUCCUCCAGCAGCAUUAAGGUGGCUUUGCCGGUGUCAGCAGACCGCGGUGGAAAGUACUGGGAGGGAGUCGGGAAGGGAGCUGGGACGAGGAACGUGACUCUGCUUUCACUGAACUGGAAGAAGUGGCUAUAAAACCUCCUGCCCUCAAAUUCCCAGGACAAGGAAAGCCUUUUUCAGUAAUGCUUUCCACAUCUGCUGACUGCGUGGGAGCAGCACCGCUAGAAAACGGCAGUAAAGGAAAGCGGGUGCCGGUCGCCUCACCUGUACGUCCCCUUUGGGGCUGGAACAAGAAGUCUCUGGCUGUGAGAAAGACUGUUCAGCAGCGAUGUGGGCUGUAACCGUCUUUGAGACUUUUAGCUUUGAUCGCGCAGGGGCCAUCCAAUCUAUUCAGUUCCCUCUAAAGUAAUCACAUCAGGGAAAUAAAGAGACAGCGGAGUAUCAUCUAUCCGAGUGGCGCAGUGGGCGCUGAUCUUAACGAGCAGGGGCAGGGGGGCAGUUGCUGUGCAAGUGUUACAAGCAGUGGCUCUUCUUGUGCGCGUCUGAAUUGACUGAGGGGCAGAGCACGGUUGCGCCAAAAACGCGGACGCAGGAGGUUUCCGAGAGGUUGAUCUCUAGCGGCUACUUAGUCUGACUUCCCUUUCGCGGCAAGCCUGACUGUCUUCAUAGCUCUCAGAACAGGGGUUAGGGGAAGCGGUACUUGUGGCUUGCGUAUUCUUGUUUACCUUGCUUGAGUGUGUAUAUUGGAUCCGCUUUUGUGCUUAUAAACAACUUUGGAUUCUUAUGAUUUUCUGCAGAGCUUUGAUCUUUUUCUUUUUUUCUUUUUCUUCUUGGUUUGUUUUUUUUUUUUUUUGCUUUCCUCCCUCCCUGAUGGAUUUUACUAUGCCUCCGUCAACGAGCCCUGGCUGGCAAAGUUGCUGUGUCCCAGCGGAGACUCUUAGGCGAGAUGGAGGAGUUCAGAUCCGCAGCCUGCCAGAAGAACGUCGCCCAGGAGGGGUUGCUAGCCUCGAGCUAUAGGCGCUGGCGUUCAGGACCUCGGGGAACGACUGUGUGCUGCCGUGAAGAACUACAGGCUACCACCGCUCUCGGACCUUUGUAAGUUAUCACGCAUCGAGAGCUUCCAGGAGAAUUCAAAUGCCAGCAGAAAGGUUCUCCGCCCGGUCCCGACGAGGAGGCUUCGGCCCCAGGAAGGUCGACAGCGUCCUUACCGGACUCGCGGGAUGCUGUUCUGAGGGCCAGCAACUCGAAGGGAUGCAGCUCGGCCCUUUUUGUUGACUUUGGUGAUGCUGUUUUGAGGAAGCAUGUAAGUACAGAAGGGGUCUGGGAGGGUUUUCAAACAAGACGGGAAAGAGCAAGGAAGAUUUGAGAGCGUGGAAAAACUAGGUGCCGCGGGUACUGAAGUUGUUACGGGCUGAGGGCGUUUGGUGUUGAGCAUCUGAGAGGGGCUAAUGCACGAGGAAUGGUAAAAUGCUGUGACUGAACGCGAGGUUCCUCCCCGGCCUGGGCCCGUGUGUGCACCCUCGCUCCCACAGACACCCCGGAGCCGUAGGGAUACGGGUGAGCAGGCCCACGAGCGGACUUUGGGCACAGCGGUGCGCAGAGAGCGCUGCGGGCUCAGCCGGUGGGGUGGAGUCGGAGCAUGGCGAGCCAGGCUGUCGGGAUCCAUCCGGUUCCGCUCCCUGCCCCUCUGUCCAGCGCUCCAUCCUUCUCUUUCUUUCCCCGUGGCUCUGUCCAGUGCCCCAUCCCUUUGUUUAGCUACUCGUUCCUCUGCCCAGCUCCCCCAUCCCUCUUGUACUCUUUCCAUCUCUGUGACAAUAUCUGCGUCCAUCUAACUGGCUCUCUAUCGCUCUAUCCAGCUCUUCAUCGUCCUCUUCCUCUUCCUAUCCCAGUACCUGCUCGCUGUCCUUCCGUGCGGCUCCCCAUCUGUCUGCCGCUCUCAUCUGCCUUUCUGCCUGUACUUCUCUUUGCCUUCCCAGCCCUCUGUCCACCCCUCCAGCCAUCUCUCUCUAUUUCCAUCCCUCUGCUCAGUUCCUCAUCCAUCUAUUUGCCUCCCUAUCCCUCUUUUCCCCUGUUUUGUCCCAUCUCUCUGUCUGAAUUGCCCUCCCUCUUUUUCUCUCUCCACCUUUCUGGCCAGCUCUUCGUCGUUCUCGUCCUCUUCCCAUCGCUCCUACUGGCUCCCUGUCCCUCUCUUCCCGUCCCCGUUCCUCUCUCCGGUUCUCCCCCCUUCUCUGUUGCUCCCUCGCCAUUCCUCUGGCCGCCUCGCCUUCCCCAUUUUUCUCUCUUCUGCUCCCCGGUCCUCUGUGCAGCCCUCCCUCCAUCUGUGUGGCCCUCUGUCCCUCUCUUUCUCUUCCUUUGUCCAGUGCCCAGACCCUGGGGCCGGCUCUCUGUCCCUCUCUUUCUUUCUCCCUCCAUCCAUCUGCCAAGCUCUCUGCCCCUCUUUUCUUUUGUUCUCCCCCCUGUCCCCGCGUCCAGGUGGAGGUCUGUCGUUCCUUUGCGUUUUGUCUGGUGCGGCGGGUGGCGAGAGGUGGUCGGCGCUCGGCAGAGAUGGUGAUCGGCAGCGCCCGGAGGGUGCCGUCGGUCGGUCUGGUUCGGGUCACGUCGGACACCUCCGCGGGGACUCUGCCCGCGGAGGCGCGGGGCUGUGGCUGUGCAGCGGGGGAGCACUAGCGGGCUAGAGAUGCCGUGGGGUACGCGGCAGGCAGCGAAGAGGCUCCUGGGGAAGGUGUCACGGAGGCAGAGAGCAGCAGAGGCUCCGAGACCUUGGGCGUUAGGACAGGCGCUCGCGGUAGGGCGGUCUGGAGCUGCUGCUGCUGCUGUCUGUCCUACUCGUCAGCGCGGUCUGCAGUUACUGCCUCUUGUCUGCCUGCGCGCAGCCAGGGCUGUCACGUGGUGCAGCUUGAGUUGUGAUUGCGAUGCUGGCAUUGAGCCCACUUUUCUGUCAGGUCUGCCUUUAUGCAAAGUGGUGUCUUCCCUAUGUCUACAGCUCAACCCAUGUUGUUGAUUUAGUGCUUCCUGAGGGGAUAUGCUGUGCUGUCAACACGCACACCCACCCCACCCCUGCCAUCGCUUCCUGAUGAAUGCAAUCAUUUACAUAGCUUCUGGCUUGUUUCUUUCCUUGGAACUCCUUUCUCUUUGCUGUUCUGGUCCCUCCAAACAAUUUCUGUUUCUAGCAUUAUUAGUGUUGGGCCCUAAACCUUCUAGACCUUCCUUCUUUGAAGUCCAGAGGUUCCAGUAUUGUUUGUACUUUGAGAGUAAAGGUCCUUCACAACUCAUGUCUUAAGUAUGCAACUGUCUUACCUGGGAUUUUCGUUUUCGCAAGUUACUGUUUCUUUCAGGAGCCACCUACAACAGUAACUUUGCUAUAGCAGAGAAAUGGGGUUACAUGUGUAUGAGCAACAGCACCGUAGUACACAGCAAAGCCAUAAUCUACAGUACUGGUAGCACAAGUCAGUUUCCCAUCAGCUCCAUCUCUCCAGGGUUUGGAGGUUUUGGAGGCCUUACUUUUUAUCCUGCCUUGGCUGGACGGUGCUUUCUGAGAGUGUCCAUCAGAGGCAGAGUUUCCCUGCGGAGGACCAUCUAGCAAAGGCUGGAGGCGGCCGGGUGCCUGAGCGAGCCUGCCUGUCCGUGAGAGCUGC